CCAGGGAGGGCAUUUGUCUGACCAAUCAGUUUGAAGGUAAACACAGGACGGCGUUGGGCGGCGCUCGCGGGCCUGACAUAGUACGGCGGGUUGUUGCUAGAACGACCGAACAGGCAAACAGCUCUCACACACGUUGUCCACCCGCCUUCUACCAGCGGUGGGCCUACCUGCUGCCAUUGAUUCACUUUGUUCGGAGGGAAUACAAACCUAACCCGAGGAUAACCUACUGAUCGGAAUAAACUAAAACAAUCCCUUCCUCAUGAAAACAAAAACAUGGGGAAUGGAUUCUCAGAACAACCCGGUUUCCUGCCCUCCGUCCCCUUCUUCCAGUCCUUUCACAUGGCCAUCCUGGGCCUGGACUCUGCCGGCAAAACCACCACGCUGUACCGGCUGCGCUUCAACGAGUUCGUCAACACCGUGCCCACCCGGGGCUUCAACGCCGAGAAGGUGAAGCUGUCCCUGGGGGGCCACCGUACCGCGGCCACCUUCCACUUCUGGGACGUGGGCGGCCAGGAGAAGCUGCGGCCGCUGUGGAAGUCGUACACUCGGGGCGCCGACGGCAUCGUGUUCGUGGUGGACUCGGUGGACGGCGAGCGGCUGGAGGAGGCCAAGACGGAGCUGCACCGCAUCGCCAAGACCAUGGAGAACCUGGGUGUGCCCGUGCUGGUGGUCGCCAACAAGCAGGACCUGAGGAACUCCCUGACGCUGGCCGAGAUGGAGCGGGGCCUGGCGCUGAAGGAGCUGGGGCCCGGCACGCCGUGGCACCUGCAGCCCGCCUGCGCCAUCACUGGGGACGGCCUGCGGGAGGGCAUGGAGAAGAUCCACGACAUGAUCCUGAAGCGCCGCAAGGCCCAGCAGCAGCUGCAGCAGCAGAGGAGGAAGAGGUGAUCCCGGAGUCACUUAUUGGGAAAGAAAAACAGGACUUUUAAAGGAAGAACCGAUCAUGUAUAUAUCUCUAAAGUAAAGCGUGAGAUAUGUUGAUCAAUGUGAAGGACCCGGGAUGUAUCCUUGCCUCGGCUGCGUGGAUCUGUUUCCGCUACAGUAUAUGUUGAACGUGCUGAGUUUUAUCAGUUCAGAUUUGAGCUCUACUACUUACCCCCGUCCCCCCCGUCCCCCCCAUACACACACACACACACACACACACACACACACACACACACACACACACACACACACACACACACACACACACACACACACACACACACACACACACACACACACACACACACACACACACACACACACACACCACCCUGAUCCCCAAUGCUGGGAUAGCUGCUGACCAGGAAAGUGACUCUUGAGGAAAACAGUUGGAUGAUGAUGAGGAUGAUGAUGUUUUUGAAAAGGAAGGAUGUUGAAAUGUUUCAAGGGUUCGGAGCGUGAGGCUCGAGAGGUUGUAAGGGCCAGAGCGGUUGGGACGGAGAAAGAAUUUGCGGACGAUGUACGAAGGAUUAAUUGAAUGGCUAUUCUGAAAACGUGACCAAAAGUGAUGUAAAAGAUUCUUGAGAUGGGUGUAGAACAGUCAUGAAGAUGUGGACGUUGAUGCACCGAACAGGCAGAGGCAAGUGGCCAUUUUGUUCACCCCCCCCCCCCUUGCUCCUGGCGAACAAACUAUGAACACUAGAGGAAUCCAAUAUCCCAAACACACCCGUUUCAAUGUGGAUCUUGUGUUACUUUUCUUUGUUUAAAAUCAUUGUAUAGUUUUUUUUUGUUGUUGUACUUUACUCUUUAUAAGUGUUGCAACAUGACAUUAGUUUACCUGCUGCCGCAAUACAUUGUUUACCUUGUCCAAUUGUCAAAAAGCACUUUACACUAUCCCAUAGUGUUUCACUGUUAAAAAAAAAAACGAGCAUUUCAUGUCAGAGUUUAACAUUCAGGCUUGUAGGCUCCUGCGAGAUGCUACUGUGUAUAGUUGGGUCUUCAUUGGCCACACUGCCAUCAGGUAGUUUAAUUUAUGCAUCAUCUUUUCUGAAAUAAAAUCUAUUAAGAGCAA